AUGACAGGCGGGCCGCCCAGGCUGAGGCGGCUGCGGGUUGCGCAAGUGCCACUUUCGCCGGUUACGCAUCCUCUCGCUGCUCCACUCGACAUCCUCAUCCUCCUCACUCCCACAUCUGGUCGCUCCUUCCUCGUCAUCCACCUCGACCUUCGAACCACGCAUAGCAUCGCACCGUCGCAUAUCGACCAGAUUCAGCCUCAGCUCAUCGCCGCACCGCAGCGCAUCGACUCCCGCACUCGCUCUCAAGCUUCCACCGUCCACUCGGCUCCCCGCACUGACAACAUGAAGUCGGACGUGGACAAGCAAAAGGUGCUGAGCGACCACCUCGUCAUGACGUUUUCGGGCGAGCCGGGCGACACGCUGCAGUUCUCCGAGUACAUUGAACGCAACACCAGACUCUACAGCAUCAGGUCGGCGGCGGCAUGGAUUCGAAAGCAGCUUGCCGAGUCGUUGAGAUCGCGCAGUCCGUACCAGGUGAACCUGCUGUUGGGCGGGUUUGAUCUGCCCACGUCCGAACCGGCGCUGUACUGGAUCGACUACCUGGGCACCAUGGCGACUGUGCCGUUUGCAGCGCAUGGAUAUGGCGCCUUCUUUGCCAUGUCGACACUCGACCGCUACCACCGCCCCGACAUGUCGCUCGAGGAGGGCCUCGACUUGCUCAGGAGGUGCAUCAACGAGCUCAAGCAGCGCUUCAUCGUCGACCUCGGCCAGUUUACGGUGCGCGUCAUCGACCGCGACGGCGCACGCACCGUCCAGCUCUAG